ACGGAAGUCGUGACAGCUGUUGUUGUUUUUUUUCCUUCACUCCUCUGCCUCCGCUGAUUCAGGCAGAUAUACAAGUUUUAGUUAUUAAACAAAUGAAGUAGAAAAAUGGAGUAUAAGCUCAUCAUGGCGGUUUCCGGUUUCCCGAGUCUUUACGACACAAACUCACCGACGUACCGAGACUUAAACAUGAGGAGCGACGCCUGGCGGCAGGUGGCGGAGAUCGUCGCUGUUCCCGAGUCUGAAUGCCGGAGGAAGUGGAAGACGCUCAGAGACCAACACAGGAGGGAGAGGCAGCGCGAGAAGGAGAGACGAGAGAGCGGCAUCGGGCUCUUCAACUACAGGCCGUGGAGAUACUCGUCCAUUCUGUCCUUUCUGAACCCAUUCAUUGAUGCCAGAGCCGCGGGCACAAACGGCUGGGCCCUGGAGCCGCAACCCUCGCACCUCCACGCAGUCGACGUGAUGGGUUGCAGCACGACCACGGAGGUGCGGAGCGACGACGACGACAACUACGGCGUCGCCGUCACAGACGCCACGUCCUCGUCCUCGUCCUUCUCAGAGUUUGUCCAGAGGAAGCGGCCGUCUCCCACCAACGGAGACGUCGUGAGACUCAAAGAUGCAAAGAUCGAGCCCUCAGAUCAGCUGACGGCGCCUGAGUUCCUGCGACACGAUCUUCAGCCCCUGCAGCUCCGCCACACCCCCGGGGGCUCACCGCCACACGCCACCGGGUCCAGACUGAACCACCACGAAAUCCCAGAGAGGGAGAUUUUAGACCACACGGACGAGGAGGAGGAGGCGGAGCUUAGCGUCUCCCACCACAGACCGAACCGAGCGAAGGGGUGGAGCAACGAUGGUCUGCUGGAGGCGUUCCUGAGGAGGACGGAGAGCAGGGAGAGGAACCUGGAGCGGAUCCUGGAGCUGGAUCAGAGGGACGACGUCACGCUCUUCCUGCUGAGUCUGGCUCCGGCCAUGAGGCGACUGUGUCCCGAAAAACAGUCUCUGCUCAGAACCAGGAUCCAGCAGCUGCUGCACGAGGCCCAGUUUGGCCCCGCCCACUUCACCUGAUCACGUGACAGACACUUCAUGCGCACGUGAUCGCGCUCACAGAACUGGAAACAUCUUUUUUUUCUUUUUGUUGUCGUUUAUAAUAAAAAGAACAAACUCUUCUUUUUAUUCCAGUGCCUGCAAAUCAACAGCGUCGCUGAAACCCUCACACAUCCUAUAUCAAAACGUGCAGUUUCACUGGGAAUGGUGUGCUGUGACUUUUGAAGUAACCACGGCGACAAAACUUGCAAAAAACUGCAAUUUCCACAUACACAUGAAUGGGAAACAAAGGCCACAUCGGAGCGUCACAGUGUCGUCACACUUUAACGUAGAGACGUGGUUGAAACUUUACACGGGUCAUAAGACUUGGCACUUUUCUCAUCUGAAUCAAACUUUUGAUUUAGGUGAGAAAAGUGUUUAAGUUUUGUUACUUUUUUUUGUUGACCUUUGCAGAUUUUAUAACGAGUGUUUAUUGCACUGCUAGAGUGGUACACUAGCUGAGCUUGGUAAAACAAACUCUUCUCCUGCUCACAAUUUCCAACCUACACAGACAGUUUC